CCCGGGCAGAAAAAGGUGUUCUAAGAUAUCAUGGAAUGCGGAAACCAUCAAAUUCCUUCAUUUCCAAAUUUCUGAACUGACAUAGUUUAUGCCCGACCUUGAUUCAGAAUUCUCUUGUAUCAGCAUAAACCAUACUGAAACCAGACCUUAGAUUCAGAAUUCUGCAAUUUAGCUAAAACCCUCUAUCUGCCACCGCAGUCCUAAACUGAUAGAAAUUUAGCGAGAGAGAAAGAUGAGUGGAGGUACUGCAGACUUCUUCUACAGAGAAGCUCAGCGGCUUGGCUACCUGGCAAGAUCUGCCUUCAAGUUACUCCAAAUGCAACAACAGUACAAAUUGAUAAAACCAGGUGGUUCUGUUCUUGAUCUUGGUUGUGCACCUGGUGCUUGGCUUCAGGUUGCUUGCCAGAGCUUGGGUCCUCUUAAGUCAGGUGGUGUAGUUGUUGGUAUUGACCUCAAGAAAGUGAAGGUUCCAGGAACUCAUUGUGAUGAAAGAGUUAAAACUGUUUGCGGCGAUGUUAUGAAUAUCGAAAGAAACAAAAUCAGGGAGCUCUCUCCUCAGGGAAAAGGGUUCUCAGUGAUAUUGUCGGAUAUGUGUCCAUCAGUUUCAGGAAUCACAACGAGAGACGCAGCUUUAUCUGUUGAGUUGGGGACACGAGCUGUUGAGCUGGCUGUAGGUGAAGGUCUGUUGGUUCCAGAUGAUGAGGAGGAUGCAAUGAAUAGUUCAGGUGGCGAUGCAGACGCUGAAGGCGUUUUGCGACCUGGGGGUAACCUUGUUAUAAAGCUUCUUGAGAGUGAAGACACUAAAGAACUUGGUGACUUUUGCAAACCGCGUUUCAAGAAGGCAUCAUGGUUAAGGCCCAAGGCAACAAGAGCUGCUUCAAGAGAGAUCUAUCUGAUCUGUCAAGGACUUGUUGGUGACACGAAAGAAACUUCGAGCAAAAUGUAAAAUCUUUACGAGACAUAUGGUAAUCAGUGAAACUGGUAUUGCUGACAUAAAUUUUUAGAACAUUUGCUUUAGUUUAAAACUGGAAAAGAAUUGGCAUUCUGUUAUUGCAAGACAACCUUCUUGUUUCUGCUAAAAUUUACAUGCUGUACAAUUUUUCUUAUGAAUGAAAACGUAUUUGUAUUAUAUGAUAUAAGUAUGAGUGCUCUGAUGAGGAGAAGUUGACUUCA